GGUAUAAAAAGGCACAUGGAAAACAUCAAAUGGAAAGGACUUCUAGGAAUAUUAUUUCUUAUGAAUGUUAUUGUCAUUCUGAUAUGGACCUACACAAGCUGGUAUCCUAAUUACAUACGGAUUUCAUCUUUUAAUUAUAAACAGAAGAUCCCAGUGUCUUUAAAUUCAAUAACGCCCAUCAAAGACUCAAAACACUUCAUGGUGUCUGCAUUCAUCGACCACAGAAUUGAUGGGACCAUUCGAGUCAUCAGCAUAAUCAACAGAGAAAGUCUUCGGCCACUUUACUGCAUUUACUGCAAUACUGAACAUGAAUGUACAACUGUUGAGACUGAUGUCCAGAUACACAGUGACCAUUUUGGGUUUCCAUUUCAUGUCUCGGAUGUGAUCUGUAAAGGUAAACACUUGCAAAAUGCAACACAUGUCCUCAUCUCAACUAAUUAUUCAGUCAAUCGUACUACAGAAUUUAUACCAAUAAGAAAUCGUGUAACGAGUGAGACCUUCAAGUAUAACUUCACAGUUUGCAUCUCCAACCUUUUUGGUGACUACAACAAUGUGCUGCAGUUUGCUCAAACUAUAGAGAUGUACAAGCUUCUGGGCGUUCAGCGAGUGGUCAUCUAUAACACUAGCUGUGGACCCGACCUAGAAAAACUUUUAAAGCAUUAUGAAAGAGAGGGGAUACUGGAGAUUGUUUCAUGGCCAAUCGACAAGUUUCUUAAUCCAUCUAAAGGUUGUUAUUUUCAGAAACACAAGGGUGACCUUCAUUAUUAUGGUCAGCUGACAACACUCAACGAGUGCAUUUACAGACACAUGUAUCAAUCUAAGUAUGUUCUCCUGAAUGACAUUGAUGAGAUCAUCAUGCCUUACAAAUAUGACAAUUUACCAUCUCUUAUGGAAAACCUUCAAGCUGCACAUCCCAGUGUGGGUGUGUUUGUUAUCGAGAACCACAUAUUCCCCAAAACACAGUUUGAUGACAGUGGUCGCUUCAAACGACAAGAAUGGAGUAACAUUUCUGGUAUCAAUAUCAUGGAGCACAUUUAUAGAGAACCUGACCGAAAGAAUGUUUUCAAUCCCACAAAGAUGAUUGUUAAUCCAAGGUUGGAGGAGCAAACCUCAGUGCAUUCCUCUUUAAAACACUUUGGGGGUUCUUUGAAGGUCCCAUUUGAUGUUUGUAGGAUUAUACAUGUGAGGAAACCACUGCAGGGCAAUCUUACCAAAGAUCAGCUGAUUGUGGACAAAAGAUUGUGGGACUUUGAACAAGAACUGCUACCAAAUGUUGACAAUGCACUGAAGCUUUCUGGUUUGUUAACACCUUAGUUACAGCUGACAUCAUUUAUUAUAAUAAAAUUAUUAUACAAUGCUUAAUUCUGGAUACAGACUUAAAAAUUGACAAGCAAAUAAACUAAGCAGUUACAUAUUUUUUGUAUUUUAUCGAAAACAAAACCAUUUUAUCGGCCAGAGAUUUUGAGAAGGCAAUCCCCGCUUUACAAUGGACUUUUGUAAUUCACUCUUCAUUGGAAGUGAUAACAAAGCAUUGGCAUGCUGUGGCCAGAAUGAUUACGUCAGCCAAGAAAUUUGACCAUGUUAUACCUUUAUUGAGAUCCUUAACUCUUUUCCCACCUUUUUGAUUUACACAAAAGUUUAAUACCUGCCAGAAAAUGUUCUUCUAUAAAUAU